AGUUGACUUGACUUGACAUGACGUUUAGUUUUAUUCAUCAAUAAUUAAAAGCCUAUUUAAGGAAAAUGAUUUAGUUAAUCUAAUCACAAGCAAAGCAAGCAUGGGUUCAUCAAAGGACAACAAUGGCGAUCUCAAAUCCAAAAUGGAUGUUAACGGAGGCGAAAAUGAGUAUCCAAGUGGCGAAUUCGAGUACAAAACUCCAACUGCUUGGAAGAGCUUCAUGGUAAACCUACGCAUGCUAGUUGCUUACCCAUGGCUCAGGGUUCGCAAGGGUAGCGUAUUGUAUAUUAAACUGCGCGGCAAGAUAACUGAUCAAUUAAAGAGUCGUUUCUCUUCCGGUUUAUCACUACCACAAUUAUGUGAAAACUUGAUUAAGGCAGCGUAUGAUCCUCAUAUAUCUGGUGUUUAUCUCCACAUUGAAACCUUGAAUUGUGGAUGGGGUAUAACUGAUGAAAUCAGAAGGCACAUAUUGGAUUUUAAGAAGUCAGGGAAGUUCAUUAUCGGUUACGCACCUGUAUGGCAUGAAAAGGAGUAUUACCUCGGAUGUGUCUGUGACGAGUUCUACGCCCCUCCAAGUGCCUACUUUUCAUUGUAUGGUUUUUCUAGAGGAGCGUCGUUUUAUGGAGGUGUAUUUGAGAAAAUAGGUGUGGAACCACAAGUGCAUAGGAUUGGUAAGUAUAAGACUUUUGGCGAUAUGUUAACUCGCAAGAAUAUAUCCGAAGAAAAUCGUGAGGUGCUUACUACAAUCCUGGAUGAUGUCUACGAGAAUUGGGUCGAUAAGGUUUCUCAAGCCAAAGGAAAGAGUAAGGAAGAAAUCAAGAGUUUUAUUAAUGAAGGAGUUUACCAAAUAGAUAAGUUGAAGGAAGAUGGAUGGAUAACAGAUAUCAAAUAUGAUGAUGAGGUUAAAUCUAUGUUGAAAACAAGAUUAUGCAUUGCUGAGAAGAAAAAAUUUACACUUAUUGAAUACAAGAAAUACUCGAGAAUCAGGAAAUGGAGUGUGGGGUUAUCAGAUGGAAAAGACCGAAUUGCGGUAAUUAGAGCUUCUGGUAGCAUUACUCGUGUAGGAGGGUCGUUUUUUACGCCUAGUUCAGGCAUCGUAGCUGAACAAUUCAUCAAAAAGAUUAGCAAAGUAAGAGAUUCAAAAAGGUAUAAGGCCGUUAUCAUCCGAAUUGAUAGCCCUGGGGGUGGUCAUGUUGCUUCUGACCUGAUGUGGAGGGAAAUCAAACUAUUGGCAGAAUCCAAGCCUGUAAUUGCAUCAAUGGUUGACGUGGCCGCAAGUGGAGGAUACUACAUGGCAAUGGCGGCGAAUGCUAUAGUCUCCGAGAAUCUUACUUUAACGGGCUCAAUUGGUGUAGUCUCAUUGAAUUACAAUUCGGAGAAACUAUUUGAAAAGAUUGGUUUCAACAAAGAAGUUAUAUCAAAGGGACGAUAUGCUGAGCUGUUUACCGAUAACCGGUCAUUCAGACCUGAUGAAGAGAAACUGUUUGCGGAGCGUGCCCAGAAUAUUUACGAACGCUUUCGUGAAAAGGCAGCAUGUUCCAGAUCAAUGAGUGUGGAAGAGAUGGAAGAGAUAGCUCAAGGGAGAGUAUGGAGUGGUAAGGAUGCUGCUUCACGAGGUUUAGUUGAUGCAAUCGGAGGCUUUUCACGGGCUGUUGCUAUAGCCAAACACAAGGCCAACAUACCUCACAACAAACAGGUCGCACUGGUUGAGCUUUCGAAACCAUCACUAUCUAUACAAAAAUUCCUAUUUGGCAUGUUGAGCUCAGCAAUCGGAAUAGACAAAACACUAAAGCAUCUGCAGGGUGAUUUUGCAACGAGCGACGAGGUGCAAGCACGCAUGGAUGGAGCCAUGUUUCAUGGGUCAGGAGGAUCAUCUGCGGUCCCUAAUUUCGGUUUUCUAAAAGACUACGUAGCUUCUCUUUGAUCUUGGGAGAAGCUAAGUUAUGAAGCAUGUUGGUUCCAAGAUAAAAAGUUUAGUAUGUGUCAAGAUUGUUGUUGGGUAAGUUUAUAUGUUCUAUUUCAUGUUAAAAGUCGUUAUGUGUCGGGAUUGUUGUUCUGUGUCUUUUAUGUUUGGAUUAUUGUGGUAUUGACUUGUAAAAUACUAAAAUAAGUUAGUCUAACC